AAAUCUGGAAAACCUUUCUAGGUUAAGGUUAAAGCUGCAGGUUUGUAGUUGUAGGACUGAGGAAGAGAGAGAGAGAGAGAGAGAGAGAGAGAGAGAUCUGAGACACGAAAUUGGGAGUGACAAUGGCAAAGCGAGAACUUUCCAACACGCUGAAGAACUUGAAGUUCAUGCAAAGGGGAGCGCCGAAAGAGGAGAAACCCAAAGAGGAAGAGGUCAAACCUGAUGUCAGUUUUGGUGCAUCCACGCCUCUUAUUACUAGAAAAUGUGUUGUUGUAAUGGAAGGUGAUCCCCAUCCUGGAGCAGUUAAAGGUCGAAUGUCAUUUCAAAGUUUUAAUCCCUCUGUUGAUAAAUUAAAUGAGGAAGAAGCAAGACUCCGUCAGCCAGCAACUGAAACUAACAUUUCGAAAAAUCAAAAUGCAAAUAGCUCUCUUAGAGAAAAUAGCUCUUCAGUAGAAGGUACAGAAAGUGCUGACACAAACCAAAGGAGUCACGAUGUUAAUGGCAAUGUUAAAAGGAAACAGUCUGAAGUUAUUCAUGAAGCACCAUAUCCUAAUAAAUCACCCAAGAAUGAGCAUGGUUCGUCGUCAAAAAAUAGUUUGGGCUCCUUCAGAAAACCGACUGGAGAUAAGCUAGACUGGAAUGUUCUUAGACAAUCUUCUAUCAAACAUAAUAGAUGAGUUUCUUGAUUGAUUGAGCUAGGUUUGAUUGUUUCAGGUCUUGGGCUUUUGUAUCUGUACUAUGUUCAUGGUUCCAUUAAGCUGUUUUUUAUGGGUUUACAUUUAUGACAAAUUAUGGAGUAGUAAAAACUUAAUCAUUGAUUGUAGCACUACAUUUUAUGCUUUGAAGGAUAUCUCACAUCAAUGAACCUAGCCUAAAUUUUACA